AUGGCUCCGCAAGGUGAUCGAAGUGGUAUCCCUUGGGUACGGUUCGUUCAAGAACUAGGGAUGAUGAUAGUUACGGGCGUGGUCGCAUAUGGCGGCGUUAAAUUAGUCUUGAAUCACCUUACUCCUCCGGACCCAGAGAAUCAGAAGAAAGAGGAACAACGACAGAAGUCAGCAGCAAUCUUACGCCGAUUGUACGGUGAGAAUGGUGGGAAGGACGGUUCACCGCGAGGCGAACUUGUUCUUAACCAAUAUGAACAAGCGAUCGCCACGGAACUAGUUGAUCCAAAGGACAUACCGGUACGAUGGGACGAUAUUGCAGGUCUGGAUGAUAUUAUCAAGGACCUGAAACAAUCCGUGAUCUGGCCAUUGAUGUAUCCCAAAUUAUUCGCUGCCAACCCCGCCACACUUCGCAGUGCACCAUCUGGUGUAAUUCUGGAGGGACCGCCAGGCUGUGGAAAGACCAUGAUCGCCAAGGCACUGGCAGCGGAAAGCGGAGCUUCUUUUAUCAACUUGAAUAUCUCAACAUUGACGGACAAAUGGUAUGGUGAAUCAAACCGACUCGUCCGAGCUGUGUUCACCCUGGCGCGCAAGGUUCAGCCGUGUAUCAUUUUCAUUGACGAAAUUGACGCCCUUCUCGCCAAACGAUCAGAGCGCGACCACGAAGCAAGCGGAAUGGUGAAGGCGGAAUUUAUGACACAUUGGGAUGGACUGCAGUCAGAGAACUCGACCGAAGGACGUCAACGAAUCGUCGUAUUCGGUGCUACAAACCGUAGUGACGCUAUUGAUAAAGCCUUCAUCAGACGUCUGGGUGGCAAGCCUAUCGAAGUGCGACCACCGGAUGCACGAGGCCGUGCUAUUCUUUUCAAGAAGCUCCUGAAAAACGACUACGUUGACUGGGAGGACAUUGAACUUGUCGAAGAGAAGGAAGAUCUGAUUAAGAUGUCUAUUGCCGACUUAAUGCAGAAGCAAAUAAUUCGGAGGACGGAGGGCUGGACUGGUAGCGAUAUCAAAGAUGCCUGUGUCAGAGCUGUCAACACUACCACCCCUUACGAGACGAUCGAGGCGAUGCUGUCCACCGGCAAAGACCUGAACCAAGUGGCAACCGAGGAGGUAUUGAACCCCGUUCGCCUGAGCAACUUCUUCAAGGAUGCGGAGAUCCAGGCAAUCCCAUCGACUAUCCGACUAGCAACUGCACCAGUCAAGAUUGUUGAAGAGAAGGAAGACUGGUACACCGAAUCCGAAACUGCCUCGACUGAUACCCACCCUCUGAGACCCGAGUCACCUGAGUAA